AUGAUGAUGAAGAAGAAGGCUGAAAUUUCCAAUAAGAAGCCUUCUUCUUCUUCCGAUCGUCAUAAUUUAAAUAAUAAUUUAAAUAAUAAUUUAAAUAAUGAUGAAAUUGGGAAAUCAUCAUCAUCGGGAUUAAUUUAUCAUUGUUUUAAUAGAGGAAAACAGGCCAUUUCGUUGAAUUUUAAAAAGAAGCAACACGUAGAAGAGUUGAAACGAUUAAUUUGUUGUUAUUCCAAUGAUAAUGAUGAUGGCGAUCAGAGGAGAAAGGCUGUGAAGGUUUUGAUUGAUAGUUCAAGACCUGGAAAGUUGGAAAGCUUAUUGGGUGUUGGAAAGAUUGAGGAAUUGUUGGAGGAGAAUUUGCAAUUGAUAAUUUGUAGGAUUUCUGCUUUCGGACAAGAUAUUGGAAAGUAUUCGGAUAUUCCAGCUCAUGAUAUGAAUGCUGUUGGAUCUGCUGGUGUAUUUGAUGUUGCUGGAGAUGUGAGUGAAAAGAACAAGCAAUUGAAACCACUGCCUAUUCAAUUGUCUGAUGUAUUGACAGGUUACAGCUCUGCUUUGCAAGUUGUGGCCAUGGUUAGAAAAAUUGAAGCUUUAAAUUAUUCUGUAAAAUCUACAGAAGAAAGAGAACGAAUCUUGAGAGGAAUGAAUCGAGUUAUUGAUAUUUCCAUGUUUGAUAAUGCCAUUUCUGCAAUUCAAAUGCCACUUUCCUUGACAUUGAAUGGUUUUGACAAGAUGGCAAGUGAAGGACGAAGUGUUUUAAGUGGAUCCAUUCUUGGAUAUAAUAUCUAUCCAACAAAAUCUGGACAAUUAGCUGUUGGAUGUUUGGAACCACAUUUUUGGAGUGGAUUUAUUCAAGCUUUGAGUGUUCACGAUAAGGAAAAUCCAAAAGAUUCAUGGAAACAAUUUACAACUGUUGAAUUUCUCUUUUCCAAUGAUUCGAAAUUGAAACAGAGAAUUGUUAAAGUGCUCGAGCAAAAGAGCGCCGAGGAGUGGGAGAAGAUUUUUGCUUUUGAUUUGAAAUUGCCAAUUACAAAAGUGAGAAAAUUGAAAGAGGUCGAUAGAGAAUUAUUACAACAACGAAACAUGUUGACUUCCAGCAAUUUGGUGAAGAAUGCACUCGAUUACAAAUCAAUUCAACUGACUGUCAGUGGAAAUCAAUCAGAGGAGUUACAACCUAUGAAUGAAUUUGGACCAUUACUUGGAGAACACAAUCAACUUUAUUUGUCAAAACUCUAA